AUGAUCAGACGAGGAAGGAACCUGGCUACAGCUAUAAGCCCCCUCUUCAGAACGAGCAGAAAGAUCCAAACGUUCGUGGGGAGGAAACCCGGGAGCAAGCACUCGCCGAACCAUCACGAUGCCUUCAGCAAUCGAAACGAUGAUAACUUCAGCUACCGGAACGAUGAUAACUUCAGCUACCGGAACGAUGAUAACUUCAGCAAUCGAAACGAUGAUAACUUCAGCUACCGGAACGAUGAUAACUUCAGCCACCUGAACGACGACCUAAGCUUCCUGAACGAUGAUAUCAAACACAAUUUGUUCAGGCUAAAAUGUAUGGAGCAGAAAAAAAUAAAAACAGAUCGCAUUGUGUAUAAAAAAAUAUUAAAGGAUCUUUUGAAAAAAAAAGAAAGCUUCGUGGCGAACGACAUGGUAGAGCUUUUGUACAUACUUAUCUUUAACGACUUGUAUCACUUAGACAUAUGCUCCAAUUUUUUUUUCCAUUUUUAUCACCGGUGUGUGUACUCCGGUAGGUACCUCGAGGGCGUGCAUGUGAACAGCGUGGUCCACUUGAUCUUCUCAUUUUACGUGUUUGAAGGGUAUGGCUUCUUUGGGGGAGCAGCCAAUCGGGGGCGCGCCAAUUCGGGGGCCAAUUCGGGAGCCAAUUCAGGAGCCAAUUCGGGGGCCAAUUCGGGGGCUAAUUCGGGGGCCAAUUCAGGGAUUAAGAGUGAGGACAACACAGAGUCGUCUACCAAACGGUACCACGAGUACCAUCGUAACGAAGAGUACUUGAGCUUCCACCUUUACAUUCACCUUGCACAAUAUAUUCACCUGAACAUGGAGCACAUAAACAAAAAUCACCUGAUAAAAAUGUUGUUAGUCCUUUCUCACUUCACAUCCAACUGGACCAUUACUGCAUUGAUGCAUAGUGAACACACACAAGUGGUAGAAGAGAAAAGCGCCCUGAGAGACGUGGGGAUAAAUUUAUUCUACCUGAUCGAAUCUUUCGCAGAAAAAAUUGACAUAGCGAAAGAUAUAAAAAAGGUGUACUCACCAGAAACGAUAAAUGAGAAGGAAAAAAAAAAGAAAAAAGAAAAAUACUUAAACAUGAUUGAUAAUUCGAGUAAAAAUUUUAUUUACAUUGACAACGAAUCAAAUGACAACAAAUUGAUAUGCCUCUUUUUUUUUGUCUUGUCAAGAUUGUUUUUUCCUGUUUGUCCAAACUUUCUUUUUCACAUGGAAAGUAAUCUGGAAGGGAUCCCCCUCCCCACGGAUGGACAAUCCCCUAAACAGCCCUCCCAGGAGGAGACGCUUAUGUGUGAAAAAAAAAAUGGGGAUGGUACUAUGGAAGAAGCACAUAAUACAUUUUGCAUAGAUAGAAGCAUACCCGACAGGAGUUGCGAAAAAUUAAAAUUUACUCUCGUGGAUAUGUUUAUGAGACAUUACAGGGAAGUCGAAAUGCGCAAUCAUGUUUUUUAUCGAAAUGUGGAUACACAGAAGAGCGGUUUGGAAAACUACGAAAUAUAUAAGAACAAUAUUUUGAGGGCUAUGCGGAAAUAUGUCUUCCUAGAUGACAUUUACAGCUUGGGGGUGUAUUAUAAGAUGGUGUUUUUCAAGGCCAUUUAUUCUCUGCAUUUUUUUCAGUUCCCCUUCUUACGCCACUUGUACGAUAUUCACUCGUACUCCACCAGCAGAAACGUGGAUCAUUUGGACUACAACGAACGGUUGCAUUUUAGCGGUGAAGGGAGCGACGUGGUAGACGGGGAGAUGGUCGAGCAGUGUUACCCAGAAAAAACGUGCGCACAGAAGCAACCCCAAAAGAGAUGGAGCGAACGAGAAAAGAACAAAAUCGUGGAUCUCGCAAAAAGAGGGGACAUCUUCAACAAUGCAUACGUAAAUCUACUGAAUUAUAUUGAAAGCGAUAUAAAAAAUUGCUCCCCAGACGAAGCAUUAAACACACUGCUGCAAUUACACUUGCUAAGAUCUGUAGACAACCACUUCGUUUUACCACUAAUUUCAAAGCUCUGCAACAGUACUGACAAACUCCGAAAUGAACACAAAAAAAAAAUGAACGUAAUUAUUAUAUCUAUCCUAUCUUUCCUUUCUCCUCAUAUUGCUUCCAUCGAGUCAAUACGAAAAGGGCCGCUUCGCGACGUGAACGUAUUUAAUCACACGUACUGUAACAAUGAUGUUUAUGUGGGACACCUGCAAAGGCUGCAAGAGUUCGUGCAGCUCCUACACAAUAAACAGAUUUUUAAGAGGAAAAGGAAGGAGUUGCUCUCUUGGUCAAACUACAAAUGCAUGUAG